AUGGACGCAUUUCUAGCCCGCCUCACGCAGCAGGCGAUGAACUAUGCGAUUCGCUCAGGCAUCGCCAUCACAGCUAGUUACGCCAUCCGCCAGUCUUCGAGAUUACUGCAAGUUAUAUCGCCCGCUAUUGACAUGAUCGAGCUAAUCGCUGCGCGGGGCAACACAUCUUUGGAAUCUGCAGUUUGCCUCACCAAGUCUCUUCGACUGGAUAUUCAGUCACUGGGCCAACGACUGGCAACGGCCGCUUUUUCUGAAGAGCAGAGUCAGAAGGGAGGAAAGAGCCCGACAGAUAUGUCAAGAAGUAGGGAGAUGAUCAAGCUCAUCAUACAAGAUAUCAAGAGGCUCUUGGUCCGGAUUGAGGAUGCAGUCCCGCUCAUGAACCUGGCUAUUACAACUUCAGGGGCUAAGCUGUCGACUAACCUCCCAGCAACAAUAUCACCCUCUCGACUACUACAGGCAAGCACAUUUCUCACAGCUGGUGACACGCAGUACUCCAUUUCUCCAUCACAAGCAGUUCAGAUUGGACCCUCGUUUACUCUCUCGAUGUACAUGCUAUUUGCAAGUCAUCUCCGCCCUCAUGAUGAAGAAGGUAUUCGUGAAACGACGUGGAAGGAGGUCAUGCACAAGGCUCGGUUAAAGCUACGACGAGUACCAAUGGAUAUGGCGGUUGCCCCAGGAAGCCAGCGGCCGCUGCAAAUACCGGCUGAUGCAAGAAUAGACGAAUUUGCCUACCAAAUCUUGGUGGUAGAAGAUCUGCAUGAUGGAAGAGUCCAUGCCUUCGAUGAAAACGAGUCCCAGCCUCAAAGCUUUGAAGAUAUUGAUGCUGCUGGGAUACGUGAGAUAAUACCGAUCCAUCAGAUCUCGAAGAUCUUUUACGCGGACACUGGAAGGAUCCUCAAUAUCAGUACUGAGGGCGAAACGAACAACCCAGUUCUACUCUUGAAAAGAGAUAUAAACGCGGUCCCACCACGUCGGAUGGUCGAACGAGAUAUGGCUGGCUUUGGCGCUCCGCAUGAAUCCGAGCCUGAAGAUGAGAUAGAUGAAAUACAGGCGCAACUGGAUGCCCAAUUGAUUGGAACCACAGUCAAUACCCUGAACCCGAGCUUUCAUGAAAGCUCUAUUCCCGACCAAUGGCGGUUACCCAAAGAUCUGGAUCCUGAGUGGAUAGCCUUUGAAGUCUACAACGAGAACGACGAGUCAGACACCGAGUCAGACGAUGAAACUACCAAGACGCCUGAUCCUACCGAGAAAAUGGCGCAGCUCUCCAUAAAUGCAGACAGGGAAUCGCGCCGCACAGCUUCACCACAGCCUGGAAAAUCCCAGUCUCAGCCAACAACAAUCUCAAACCCUCUUUUCAACAACAUCCGGACUUCACUUUCACUCCUUGAGACUCUCCUCCGCCUGAUGUCUCUCCAACAAUUCCAACAACAGUCCCACCUUUCCAUCAGCGACGAACUACUCAACUUUUUCUUGGAGGAAUCUUCGACAACUGGCGCCGGGGGAGACGAGCAAUACCGUCAACGACUCCGCGCUGACGCAAGACGAAGGGUGGGAUGGGAUCCGUACGAUGAGAGUCCUGUCAAGCGACGAGGUGAAGACUAUCAGUACAGUGGGACUCCGGAGGGAAUGUCUAUUGGGUAUACCAGGGAGUCAAGUGAAAUACCUUACACGCCUAGUGAAAGGACAAGGGGUUAUCAGCUUCGCUCAAGGGAAAAUACACCGGAGACCCCCUCGCAAAUGCGACGGUCUGUUUCACGAGCGGCUGAUCUGAGGCGUGAUAGUGGGACACGGGGCUCUUCAGCGCAUACUCACGAGCGACAGAGGAGAGGUUCGCCGCUUGCUCACUAA